AUGGCUACGGAGAACAAGCGACAGAGCAUUGGUGGCAAAGGCCCCGCCGGUUUGGUUGCGUCCAAUCUCGGACCGUCAGGCACUGUCGCGAUGGAGAUGGCUUUGUGUGGAGCAAUUGGUGCCCGUAUACGUGUCACUACUGCUUCCCCAGCAUCCGUUACGCAUGAAGGAACCCUCUUCACAGCAUGUCCCAUCACCAAUCUUAUCGCAAUCAACACCUCACCUCCACCGCCAACCCCAAUGACCUCAGGCACCCCCGCCCUCUCCCAUCCCGGUGACUACCACAUAAUCCCUAUCUCCCGUAUCCAGAACUUUCAACUCCUUUCCGUAGCCCCACAUUCCUCCUCCUCCUCCUCCUCCUCCUCAAGUCCCGUCGAACAGCUACAGGGCCCAUCGUUCACCAACGCGUACCCAUCCAUCUACCCGCUCGACAUCCGCGCACUGAAGCAUCGCGAGGCCACCGCUGUUGCGAAGCUACAUGAGCGCGAACAGCGACGCGGGAAGGGUGUUAGCAAGGAAGCUCAAGACCUGUUCGAUGCGUUUAGCAGGACCAUGCCUGCCCGCUGGGAAGGCACGAGCAUUGUCGUGGCGGAUACCGUCAUAAUUUCCAAGCCGUAUCAGAUAGACAAUUGUCGUUCCCUAACCCGUGAUGAUGGUGGGGUGAGCGCAGCUUUGACAAGAGUUAGGAAAGUUCUUGAAAUGGAACGCAAGAAGAUUGAGCUCCGCAGCGCUAGUGCCGCAAUCGCCAACUCGACCCAUUUUUCCCAUCACUCUCGCAAUAGCAAUAAUGCCAAUAGUGUCAUUAAUAAUGCCAACUCGAAUGCGAAUAACGGCUCCGUUUCAACCCCAAAGGAUCGUGAUCGAGAUGCAAAAGCCUCUGCCGUCGCCGUCCCCAUUGCCAAUACCGUAACCCGCUCUUCACCACCUGGAGCUGCUGCUGCUCCUCCUCCUGCUGCUUCUGUCGCCAACCAGAGGAAAGGUGGUUAG